AUGGUGGUGCAGCUGCAAGUAGCAGGAAGAACAGACUGGCAUGACGACCCAUGGUGCUUGAAGUUGAAUGGAAACAGAGACUCCAUGCAUGAAAAGCCGUUUGACGCCUUCUUUGAGAUCAUGCUCGAGCAGGCACAACACCUCGACCACGAGAAUGGUUGUGGCCUUGUCGGCGCCCUUAUUGGCCUUAUGAAGGAUCACCAGGGCUCUGAAUUCAGGUUUAGUAGAGAUGUCAUAAAGGGGAUACUAACGAACACAUAUAUCGGAGCCGUCGACACAGGCGCGGUGACCAUUAUCUGGGCAAUGGCAGAGCUGGUCAGGAAGACACAUGUGCUGAACAAGGUGCAAGACGAGAUCAGGACUGUAGUGGGCAACAAAGAGAGGGUGCAACAAGACGACAUGCCCAAGCUCAAGUGCCUCAAGAUGGUGGUCAUGGAGACGUUGCGACUGCACCCGGUGUUGCCCCUUCUUGUGCCGAGGGAGACCAUGAGGCACAUCACAGUGUGUGGGUACGACGUGCCGGCAAAGACGAGGAUCUUUGUGAACGCAUGGGCCAUCGGGAGGGACCCGGCCAACUGGGGGGUCAACCCUGAGGAGUUCAUCCUGGAGAGGUUCAAGGGCAAGGACGACAUGUACUUUAACGGAGGGCAGUUCGAUUUCCUGCCCUUCCACGCCGGACGCAGGAUGUGUCCCGGGAUAGACGUGGGGGUGGCUACCACGGAGUUCACCCUGGCAAACUUGCUCUAUUGCUUUGACUGGGACCUCCCGGAAGGGCUGAGGAGUGAGGAUAUGAACAUGGAAGAGGCGGGAGGACUCGCCAUCCAUAAGAAGACACCUCUCUUGCUUGUGCCGACCAGAUACAAGUGGGUGAAACUCGCGCUCCACCUCAAGGGCUUGAGCUAUGAGAACGUCGAGCAGGACCUCGACAACAAGAGCGACCUGCUCCUCGCCUCCAACCCGGUGCACAAGAAGGUGCCGGUACUCAUCCACAACGGCAAGCCAAUCUGCGAGUCCGUCGUCAUCCUAGAGUACAUCGACAAUGCCUAUGGUACCGUAGGCCCCUCCUUCCUGCCCGUUGACCCAUACGAGCGUGCCAUUGCUCGGUUCUGGGUAGACUACAUUGACGAGAAGCUAGUCAUCCCAUGGAAAGUGGCGUUCACGGCCGACGGAGAGGAGGAGAAGACCGAGGGGAUAAAGCAGAUGUUGGCGGCGGUGCACACGCUGGAGGGGGCUCUCAAGGAAUGCUCCAAGGGGAAGCCCUUCUUUGGCGGUGAUAGCGUUGGAUACGUGGACAUUGCACUAGGCGGUCUCUUGGCAUUUUUGCAGGGAACUGAAGAGUUAUGUGGUAGCAAACCCUUUGACAUCGCUAACACCCUACUUCUGCUGGCGUGGGUGGAGCGCUUCACCGCCCUGGACGCCGCCAAGGUGGCCCUGCCAGAUGUCAGCAAAUUGGUUGAGUUUGCCAAGACGAAGCGGGCUCAGAUGGCUUUGUCUAUCAAGAAGUGA